AUGAAUUUCUGGCGGACUUUUCUUAUCUAUGCUUUUCUGUGCCUUGGAGUGUGUUGGGCAAUGCGGAAGCAGGGUGUUGCUGUCCGUGGAACCCUAAAAUGUGGUCCCAUAGCGAUGAACCACACCAAAGUGCGAAUUGUUGACAUCGAUUACGGAAUCGAUCCCGACGACACGUUGGACGAGCAACGCACGGAUGAGCAGGGCCGCUUUGAAGUCAGCGGUACUACACAUGAGCUGACCCCAAUUGAUCCUGUCCUGUACAUCUGGCAUGAAUGUCUGGAUGAACAGACGCCGUGCUCUCGGAAGUUGAGGUUCGAAAUCCCGAAAAAGUUCAUCCACAAUGGCAACCCUACGCCAGAACAAUGGCUGGACAUUGGGGUACUGAACCUUGAGGGUGUACUGAAAUGUGGCGCAGUGCCUGCCAAGAACGCCAAAGUCCGAAUCGUUGAUCUCGAUACUGGACCGGAUCCAGACGAUACAUUGGACGAGAAACGUACUGAUCAUGUUGGACGCUUUGAAGUCAGUGGUACGACACAUGAAAUGACAUCAAUUGACCCCGUACUGUAUAUAUGGCACGACUGCUUGGAUGAGCAGCAUCCAUGCCUCCGCAAGAUGAAGUUCGUGAUUCCCAAAAAAUUCAUUCAUGAUGGCAAUCCGAAACCAGAGCAGUGGGUGGAUAUCGGUGUAUUCAUGAUGGCAAUCCGAAACCAGAGCAGUGGGUGGAUAUCGGUGUUCAUUCAUGAUGGCAAUCCGAAACCAGAGCAGUGGGUGGAUAUCGGUGUUCUGAACCUCGAAGGGUCGUUCGACAACGAAGGACGUGAAUGCAUCAACUAG